AGCCUGGUUAUCUCUACAAUCGUGAUUUUGCCAUCCUUUUAUUUCGCAUCAACUCAAUUUGGCUAAACCUUGGUCGCUGUCUUCCACGCACCAUCAGAAUCGACACUCUCUUCAGUACCUACGUGCGACAAUCUCCAUCAAGAGAAACGACCUACCUCGAUCGACAACCGCGAAUCAUAUACUUUAUUCAAGAUGAAUGCGCCAGAGCCUGAGCAGACUCCCUUCGAGGCUGUCAGUGUCCACACCUCGAGGAUCCAGCGAAAAUAUCAAGCUUUACUGGACCAGUCAACCCCUUUCGUUCUCUACAGAUGGGUCGGCACAGUUGUCUGUCUCGUGCUUUUCUUCCUGCGAAUCUUGGUUGCGCAGGGCUGGUACAUCGUUGCCUAUGCGCUCGGCAUCUACCUUCUGAACCUGUUCCUUGCUUUCCUGCAGCCCAAAUUCGAUCCCUCCAACGAAGAGGCCGACAAUGAUAUGGAGGAUGGCUCUGUAGGCACCCUGCCUACCAAGUCCGAUGAGGAGUUCAAGCCCUUCAUCCGCCGACUUCCCGAGUUUAAGUUCUGGUACUGGGCCACCCGAGCCAUUGUCAUCGGCUUCACCUGCAGUUGGUUCGAGGUUUUCAACGUGCCAGUUUUCUGGCCCGUCCUGGUUAUGUACUGGUUCAUCCUUUUCUUCUUGACCAUGCGCAAGCAAAUCCAGCACAUGAUCAAGUACCGCUACGUCCCUUUCACUGUUGGCAAGAAGAACUACGCCAAGAACAGUUCGUAAACAACCAGAGCUUUCCAGGAUAAUUUUUUUCUCCAGCACGACAGGUGGCUCGACCCGCGAGAUACCCGUGUGUCCUGUAUUACCACGAAGGCCAGCUUUAUCAAGCUGCACUAUAAUACGAUAUGUGUUCUGAGGCGUGUAUUACAAUCAUGAGGCAGGAUUGGUGGGCUAUAACGCAAAUUCAAAUGGGGUUCGGCGAUAACGGAUAUGGGUAGUUUGAACGAACGCGCCCUAGCUAUAGAUUUGACUGGGCUUGGGUUCAUGAAAAAUAGUGAAGACGAGGCAUUUAAUGGAAAUGACAAUUGAAAUGAUUAAAACUGCCUCGCAAUUUAUGUCACAU